GGUAAACUGGACAACCUUGGCGAUGCCAAUGUUGCUCAUUAAAUCCUUUAUUCUUCUUUUCAAUCUGAACACGGUUUUCUGUCGUGCGUACCAAUAUUUAGGGCUAUUGACGAAGCAUCGGCGAAGCCUUCCUAAUGCCAGUGUUGUUCGCAACCAUAUCUAUGCACUUAGAUAGACGACGCUAUGCGUAUUCCUAUCCAGCUCGGUCAUCUAGCAAUCUAUGGCGUGGUGGCUGCCACCACCACUAAUAGUACGGUAUCGUCCGGAAUUUGCCUAUGGACGCCAUCGCAGAGAAUCGAAUAUCCAACAUGCUCUAGGCCUCGCACGUAUUAUCGUCCUAGUUCGCCGGAGAAGGCGUGGAGGGGCCCAGACCACUGCGUGAACAGCACGUGCAUAUUCUCUAACCAGCAGAUAGGCGACGGCAUUGUACUCAUUACGUCUGAGAAGAAUGCGCAGAUCGCAAGGGGGUUUCCGGUCCCCAGCCGCUCCCCAGAGGCUAACGCGCCCUUCGACGUGGCGGAGGUGCCGGGAAAAGGUCUUGGUCUCGUCGCCAACAGGAAGAUACCCAAGGGCGAGAUACUCUUAGUCCGGCCGCUGGCUCUAAUCGUGCAGACCGCUCCUCACGUGGGACUGGAGCCGGGGGCGAGGGACGCGUUGUACGAUAUCGCCGUCGGGCGGCUUCCGGAACGGGGACGGGAGCUAUUCAUGAGCCAGGUGGGGGAAAGCAUCUUCGACAAGAUCGAGAAGAACUGCUUCCAGCUGUACAUCGACGGGAGCAACGAGUCCGGAAGCCACCUGGGCUGCUACCCCGAUGUAUCGCGGUUCAACCACGACUGCCGGCCGAAGUAAGUCCGCACGCUCCGCUCCUCGCCUCCCCCUCGCGGACAGCGGCGAGAGCCCCCCCCUCCCCCGUCCUCAACGCCGACCGGCGAGCGCAGACAUG